AUACGUUACCCGGUAAAAAGCGGGCAUAGUUUAGUACUCGAAUAAGCGCCAAAAUGACAAAAACCACCAAAAUCAAUCCUCUGAAUCAUUUGCUGAGCUCCACUGAAAUUUCAGCAAAGCUACUCCCAUGGCUCUCCUAAUCAACACCAUGAACACUACCCCACUCUCCAAUCUCAAAUCUCUCUCUUUCCUCAACUCCUUUCCUCAUAAAUUAUCUCAAUCAAUCCGUAAAUCUUUUCCAAUUCGUGUUUCACCAAUUAAUUUCACAAUUUUCCAGCAAUUGAACAAGGGAGAUGAAAUUACAGCCGAUAAUAAUUCAAAUCAAUCGGAAGAUUCCUCGAUCACGCAACAAAAGAAGAGAUUGUCGGAGCAAUCGUCGUGGGAAACGAAGGAUUCGAGGGGCAAUGAUUAUCUUUAUAGGCUUGGUGCUGAGGCUGAUAAUAUGAACAUUGCUGUGGGAGCUAAGUCGGGUGUUAUCGAUGAUCUUUUCGCCGGCAAUUUCCUCGGCCGAGACGCGGACAUUGUAUUUGACUAUAGACAGAAGGUCACAAGGUCGUUUGAAUACUUGCAAGGCGAUUACUACAUCGCUCCCUUAUUUUUGGAUAAAGUUGUUUGCCACAUUGUAAAGAAUUUCAUUGCUCAUCAUCUGAACGCUAAAGUUCCUCUAAUCCUAGGAAUUUGGGGAGGAAAAGGUCAAGGGAAGACAUUCCAAACUGAGCUUAUUUUCCGGGCUAUGGAAGUCGAGCCAGUUAUAAUAUCUGCUGGAGAACUGGAAUCCGAAAAAGCUGGUGAACCUGGUAAAUUAAUACGGGAGCGAUACAGAACAGCCUCUCAAGUGGUGCAGAACCAAGGAAAAUUGAGCUGUUUGUUGGUCAAUGACAUUGAUGCUGGCAUUGGUAGAUUCGGAGAUACUCAAGUGACAGUUAACAAUCAAAUUGUUUCUGGAACUUUGAUGAACUUGGCUGAUAAUCCCACCAGAGUUAGCACUGGACAAAAAUGGCGUGAAUCGGAUGUUACACAUAGAAUUCCUAUUAUUGUCACAGGAAAUGACUUUUCAACAAUUUAUGCUCCUCUAAUUCGGGAUGGGAGGAUGGAGAAGUUCUACUGGCAGCCAAAUCAUGAAGAUAUUGUUAACAUUGUUCAUCGGAUGUAUGAAAAAGAUGGAAUAUCCAAGGAUGAGGUUCUCAGCAUUGUGAACACAUUUCCUGAUCAAGCCUUAGAUUUCUAUGGAGCAUUGAGAUCCCGUACAUACGACCGAUCUCUUCUUAAGUGGGUUGAUGAAUGCGGAGGUGUUGAGAAUCUAGGAACCACACUUUUUAAACAAAGGAGAGGUGAUAAACUUCCAGUUUUUGUGCCACCUGAGCAAAAUGUUGAGGCUCUUCUCGAAUCAGGCUACUCUCUUGUGAAAGAACAGCAGUUCGUCAUGCAAAACAAACUUUCUAAGGAGUAUAUGAAAAAUAUUGAUGAAUAGAAUCCAAACUAAACCUUUCUAGUAUAUCUUCCUUGAUACAUAUCUUUAUUUUAGUCAAUUCUUGAAUUUUUUUUUUUAUUUUUUACAACGGUCCAAAAUAUUGAAAAUGUUGUAUUACUCAAUUUUGAAUGGAUAUUAUAAAAUUUCAAACUCAUUUCUUUAUAUAUAUAUAAAAAAAAAGAAAUGGUGUA